AUGAAACGUAAAUUAAAGAAGUUUUUUCCGAACAAAGAAUACAAUAAUAUAGUUGAAGCAACUCAUUUGUGGAAGUUAAUUAGGAAACUGACGGGUUUGUCCGUUUUGACUCUGGAGAGUAAAGAGGGGGAUCGCAUUGAAACACGAUUCAGUUCACUCGGUUUUGUGUUCUUCUUGCUGUGGUUCACAAUAUAUUUUUAUUGCACCUAUAAAGCGCACAAUGAAGAUCAGACGAUAUUGAGAAAUAUAUACAGCACGAAGCUCCAACGUUACGGAGAUGAUUUCGAAAGGAUCACCUCUAUCAUAUAUGUUCUUUACUCAAUGUGGAAACUCCCGUUCCAAAUUAGCGGCAACCGUCUAUUACUACAAGAAAUUGUAGAUAUCGAUAAAGCUAUUGAAAGCGUGGGGGUAACGAUUGAUUACAAGAAAAACGCAACUUUUGCGCUAUUUAUCUAUGUCGGUCAAAUUGGCACGUACCUCUUUCGUUUGUUCUGUGUGUGGGGAUGUCUUGGAAAUUUGAAUUCACCGGUUCCCGUAGAAAAAUUGUACCAAGUCAUAUUCACCGAUGCCUUGUCCCUUCUCCUCACCUCACAGUACUGUUUCUCUUUAGUUAUAUUACGUGAUAGAUGCAGAUAUAUAAAUAAAAUUUUAUGUGGGAUUGAAAAUCGUGAGUCGUCGAGAUUGAGGCUGUUCGUUUAUAGUUCUAUGCCUGGUGCAGAAAAAGAUAUAACCUGUCGGAAGAUUAAGGAUUGCUCUAAGAUCUAUGGAAUGAUUUAUAAGGCGGUAGAGUCGACUAAUAUAACGUACGGUUUUGCCUUAGUGCUGACCAUGUUGUUAUAUCUGAUCUUCAUAAUUUUAUAUAUGUUUUACUUUAUGGAGGCAACCGCAGCCGGCCUGUUUCUAGACACAAAGAAGUACAUUGACUUUUUGAUAUGCGUUUUAUCAGAAUUAUUGCAUGCGAUGUUGAUUAUAUUUUUAAAUAUUUAUUUUAGCGAAGAGACAGUAAAAGAGACAAGAACAACGUCGUUCGUAAUUCAUGGUAUAAUUAACAGUGAUUUUAACACUCAAGCAAAAACUGAGGGAGGCAGAAUGGUGUUCACGUAUCUAAUAAUAAUGCUGCAGUUCGUGACCGAAAGAAACUAA